CUGUACAAAUUAAUCGUUCGUGUCUUCUCGUUCACAUUACAGCAACUUCUUCGAAUUAUCUACACAGAUCCGGGACACAAGUUCCUAUGUGUGACCGAUCGUCCAUCCAUUGGUGUCGGUCCCCUCGGUGGACCCCCUUCUUCUCCAGCUCCAUCUUCUAGCGGGCUGAGCGAUUCCGCCGUACCGUCCCCAUCCUCUCCGACAGUGCCCAGUUUUUCCGACUCCUCUUUUUCUGCCCCGUCCAACGGUUGUUGUGUCCGUACAGUCUGUAUUAGUCCCGACUGUCGACAUUUGGCUGCCGGUGAUCGCGAUGGACAGCUUCGGUGA